GAGGCGGAGCGAGYCCAAAAUGGCGGCUCUCAGGCUGGCGCGCUCCGUGCUGCUGGGGCUUUGAGGUGGUCGCCGGGGGUCGGGGGGACGAUUUCCCCGCCGCGGGGGCCCCAGAGAAUGAAUCGGGGGCUCUGCUAAGGUCAGGCGGCGGGGCUGGAGAGAAGUGGCAGCAAGGGCUGCGGUGGCGUCCACGCAGCGGGAUGUGCGAGAGUUACUCCAGGUCGUUGUUGAGGGUCUCGGUGGCGCAGAUCUGCCAGGCGCUGGGCUGGGAUUCGGUGCAGCUCAGCGCCUGCCACCUCCUCACGGACGUGCUGCAGCGAUAUCUGCAGCAGCUGGGCCGGGGCUGCCAUCGGUACUCUGAACUCUAUGGUCGAACAGAUCCUAUUUUGGAUGAUGUUGGUGAAGCUUUCCAACUCAUGGGAGUUAGUCUACAUGAACUAGAAGACUAUAUUCAUAAUAUUGAACCUGUUACUUUCCCACAUCAAAUCCCUUCAUUUCCUGUUAGCAAGAACAAUGUACUUCAGUUUCCUCAACCUGGAAGUAAAGAUGCAGAGGAAAGAAAAGAAUACAUUCCUGAUUACAUGCCACCCAUUGUGUCUUCUCAAGAAGAGGAAGAAGAAGAGCAGGUACCCACUGAUGGGGGCACAUCAGCAGAAGCCAUGCAAGUUCCCUUGGAAGAAGAUGAUGAAUUGGAGGAGGAGGAAAUUAUUAAUGAUGAAAAUUUCUUGGGUAAAAGACCAUUGGACAGUCCUGAAGCUGAAGAAAUACCUGCCAUGAAACGACCUCGGCUAUUAAACACUAAAGGGGACACACUAGAUGUAGUAUUAUUGGAAGCUCGAGAACCACUCAGCUCAAUAAAUACACAAAAGAUCCCUCCAAUGCUCUCUCCAGUCCAUGUACAGGACAAUACAGACCUCGCACCUCCAUCACCAGAGCCACCCAUGUUGGCUCCAGUGGCAAAAUCACAAAUGCCGACUGCAAAGCCAUUAGAAACCAAGUCAUUUCCACCCAAAACAAAGACCAAAACCAGUUCUCCAGGACAGAAAACUAAGUCACCUAAAACUACCCAGUCACCAGCAAUGGUUGGAAGUCCUAUUCGUUCCCCAAAAACUGUCUCCAAAGAAAAGAAAUCACCUGGACGUUCUAAAAGCCCCAAAAGCCCCAAAAGCCCCAAGAUUAUGUCUCAUAUUCCCCAACCACCUAUCAGACCUGAAACACCAAAUAGGACUCCUUCAGCCACAGUAAGUGAAAAAAUUAGUAAAGACACCAUCCAGAUAAAACAAACACAAACUCCCCCCGAUGCUGGGAAACUGAACAAUGAGACUCAGCCGAGAAAGGCUGUGGUGACGGACAAAACGAUCGAUGACUCUAUUGAUGCUGUGAUUGCUCGAGCCUGUGCUGAACGGGAGCCAGAUCCUUUCGAAUUUUCUUCUGGAUCAGAAUCUGAAGGAGAUAUUUUUACCAGCCCUAAGAGAAUUUCAGGUUCGGAGUGUAUCACUCCAAAAGCUUCCACUUCUUCGAACAAUUUCACCAAGUCAGGAUCCACUCCUCUUCCUCUUUCAGGGGGAACUUCAAGUUCUGAUAACUCAUGGACGAUGGAUGCCUCCAUUGACGAGGUGGUGCGGAAGGCGAAACUAGGAACCCCUGCCAGUGUACCUCCCAGCUUCCCUUAUAUCUCUUCUCCCUCCAUUUCUCCUCCCACUCCUGAACCUCUCCACACUGUGUAUGAGGAGAAAACCAAGCUGCCUUCAUCAGUGGAGGUAAAGAAGAAGUUGAAAAAAGAACUGAAGACUAAAUUAAAAAAGAAAGAAAAGCAGAGGGAUAAGGAGAGGGAAAAAGACAGAAGCAAAGAAAAAAGUAAAGAGAAAGAUAAAAUUAAAGAGAAGGAGAAAGAAAGGGAAGUUGGCAAGGAAACGAAGUACCCAUGGAAGGAGUUUCUGAAAGAUGAAGAAUCAGAUCCCUAUAAGUUUAAAAUAAAAGAAUUCGAAGACAUUGAUCCAAAAGUGAGAUUGAAAGAUGGAAUUGUGAGGAAGGAGAAAGAAAAGCAUAAAGAUAAGAAGAAAGAUAGAGAAAAGGGCAAGAAAGAUAAAGAUAAGAGAGAAAAGGAAAAACUUAAAGAUAAAGGUAGAGAAGAGAAGAUGAAGGCCCCACCCGCACCACUGGUAUUGCCCCCCAAAGAAAUGGCUCUGCCCUUGUUCAGCCCUAGUGCAGCAGUGCGGGUUCCCUCCAUGCUGCCUGCCUUGUCACCAAUGCUCCCCGAAAAACUAUUUGAGGAGAAAGAGAAACCUAAAGAGAAAGAAAGGAAAAAAGACAAAAAGGAGAAGAAGAAAAAGAAAGAGAAAGAGAAGGAGAAGAAAGAGAAGGAAAGGGAGAAAGAGAAAAGAGAGAGAGAGAAGAGAGAGAAAGACAAGGAGAAACACAAGCAUGAAAAAAUAAAAGUGGAACCAGUCGUUCCAGCCCCGAGUCCAGUUAUCCCCAGAUUGACUCUUCGAGUUGGCGCUGGCCAAGACAAGAUUGUCAUCAGCAAAGUGGUUCCAGCCCCCGAGGCUAAGCCAGCCCCUUCUCUGAAUAGACCUAAAACCCCACCACCAAACCCAGCCCCUGUACCUGUGCAUGUCAGCCCUACGCCCCUACCAUUGCCACUCCUCGCCCAAGCCACAGCGUGCCCAGCUCUGAUGCCAUCUCCAUCCCCUGCCAUCUCUGGAGCAGGAAGCUCCAAAGCCCCUGUGCGAAGUGUGGUGACUGAGACGGUCAGCACCUAUGUGAUCCGAGACGAGUGGGGCAAUCAGAUCUGGAUCUGUCCUGGGUGUAACAAACCUGACGAUGGGAGUCCGAUGAUCGGCUGUGAUGACUGUGACGACUGGUACCACUGGCCCUGUGUGGGAAUAAUGGCUGCACCGCCAGAAGAAAUGCAGUGGUUCUGCCCCAAGUGUGCCAACAAGAAGAAGGACAAAAAGCACAAGAAGAGGAAGCACCGAGCACACUGACCUCUCCAUGUGGACUGGACCAAGCAGUGYCAGCUCAGGCUUUGUCCCUGGCAUCUCUGGAGGGGAGCUGGCGCAGUUCCGCAUCACGUGCCCCAGUCUCCGUAGACAGUGAAUCUGGGAAGACUGAGGACAGCAACGCGCCAUCCACUCUUGAUCUUCCCUUCUGAACACACUGGCCUGUGGUUCGGUGGUGGUGUGGCAGGAAGAACUCUACAGUAGAAGCGUGGCCUCAGGGCUGCCACCUCCAUUUUUCUAUUACCAGUGACAAGUAUUAUUAAUAAAAAGACCAUACAUCUUCCCUUUUGAUUUCCUUCAUUCUCUCCAGGGCCUUUUCAUUAAGGUAUUAGACGAGAAGAUAAUGUGUAAACUGCCUUGACUGUAAUUUAAGGAUGAUAUCAUUAGUCURUAUACAGUUUUCAACUUCUCUCCCUCUAUAGUAAGAUAAUCAGAAUAACAUAAAAGAAAACUCCAGUUGGAGUACUGGUAAAUAUUUUUGUGAUGAGAAUAUAUGAAGCUUCCCCCAACCCCAUUUUUAGUACUAACAUGUAAAAUGUUCAGGCUUUUGUGAAAUACCUUAUAUUUUUUAAGAAAAAGGUUUCUAUCAUGUCCUGUUUGCUUCUGCGCAAAUUAUUUUUGUUUAACGUAUUUUAUAUCUCUGUUGCAUUCUAAUUUUGCCCUUUAAACUGCCGGAGUCACUUCUCACUGCUUGUACAUUUCACCAACUUGUAUAAAAAACUCUUCAUACUAAAAAAUUUCCCUUAAUGUAAAUAAUAAAUAUUUAUGAAGUAGUUAUUUUUUAAAUUUUUAUCGUGUUUAAUUCUGGCUUUCUCUGAAAUCCACUGUGAUUUCAGCCAUGUCUGUAAUUACUGCUGUAUAUAAAUAAGCAAAGAGACUAGAGAAAAAGAGCCAUAGUUCAGAGUAAUUUACCUUGAGUUGAAUGGACCCGUGCAGUGCCCAAAACAUUGUGGGGGAAAAAGGACCCUAGCAGUUGGAAGGAAAACAAAGCAAUUUAAAUCUAGAGUUUAUGAUUUGAAAUUGUUUUGUUUGU